AUGCCCGGCACGUCGGGGCCGCAGGCCAGAGCCCAGGGCGCCAGCCGAGCCUCCCGGUGUCCUGCUCCGGCGGCCGCGGUCAUGACGGAGAACUCGGACAAAGUGCCCAUCGCCCUGGUGGGGCCCGACGACCUCGAGUUUUGCAGCCCCCCGGCGUACGCCGCCGUGACCGUGAAGCCCUCCAGCCCCGCGCGGCUGCUCAAGGUCGGAGCCGUGGUCCUCAUUUCGGGGGCGGUGCUGCUGCUCCUGGGGGCCAUCGGGGCCUUCUACUUCUGGAAGGGGAGCGACAAUCACAUUUACAAUGUCCAUUAUACCAUGAGUAUCAAUGGGAAAUUACAAGAUGGGUCAAUGGAAAUAGAUGCUGGGAACAACCUGGAGACCUUUAAAAUGGGAAGUGGAGCUGAAGAAGCGGUUGAAGUUAAUGAUUUCCAGAAUGGCAUCACAGGAAUCCGUUUUGCCGGAGGGGAGAAGUGCUACAUCAAAGCGCAGGUGAAGGCUCGCAUCCCGGAGGUGGACACCAUGACCAAGCAGAGCAUCUCCUCUGAACUGGAAGGCAAGAUCAUGCCAGUUAAAUACGAAGAAAAUUCUCUCAUCUGGGUGGCUGGAGACCAGCCCGUGAAGGACAACAGCUUCUUGAGUUCCAAAGUUUUAGAACUCUGUGGCGACCUUCCUAUUUUCUGGCUUAAACCAACCUACCCAAAAGAAAUCCAGAGAGAAAGAAGAGAAUUGGUAAGAAAAAUCGUUACCACAACGACCACAAGAAGACUACGCAGCGGCCCACAGGGCACCCCAGGCCCUGGAAGACCGAACAACGGAACCAGACCCAGCAUCCAGGAGGACGCAGAGCCCUUCAACCCAGACAACCCUUACCACCAGCAGGAAGGAGAAAGCAUGACAUUCGACCCCAGACUGGAUCAUGAAGGAAUCUGCUGUAUAGAAUGCAGGAGGAGCUACACCCACUGCCAGAAGAUCUGCGAGCCCCUGGGGGGCUACCACCCGUGGCCCUAUAACUACCAGGGCUGCCGUUCAGCCUGCAGAGUUAUCAUGCCUUGUAGCUGGUGGGUGGCCCGCAUCCUAGGCAUGGUGUGA